AAAAAAAAAAAAAAAAAAACAAUGAAGCUCCUUUGCUUGAUCUUUGGUUUCUUCGUCUCUACGUCUCUUGCCGCCGAAUCUUCGAACUCAAUCUACCAAAACUUUCUUCAAUGCUUCACAAACCAAACACGCGCUCCUCCUAGCUCAUUAACCGACGUCGUUUUACCACAAACCGCACCCUCCUUCACCUCUGUCCUACGCGCUUACAUCCGAAACGCGCGUUUCAACACCUCCGCGUCUCCAAAACCAGCGAUCGUAAUCGCGGCGCGUUCCGAGGCUCACGUCCAAGCCGCCGUUGUCUGCACCAAAUCGCUAAACUUCCUCCUCAAAACUCGAAGCGGCGGCCAUGACUACGAAGGCAUCUCCUACCUCUCUAACCUCCCUUUCUUCGUCCUCGACAUGUCCAACCUCCGUAACAUCACCGUCGACGGAGACUCCGCCUGGGUCGGAGCCGGCGCUACACUCGGCGAGGUUUACUACAGAAUUUGGGAAAAAACCAAAACCCACGGCUUUCCCGCCGGAGUUUGCCCCACCGUCGGCGCCGGAGGUCACAUCAGCGGCGGCGGUUACGGUAACAUGAUCAGAAAGUACGGACUUUCCGUCGAUUACGUCACCGACGCCAAAAUCGUUGACGUUAACGGACGGAUUCUUGAUCGGAAAUCAAUGGGAGAAGAUCUGUUUUGGGCGAUUAGAGGCGGAGGCGGAGCCAGCUUCGGCGUCAUCCUAGCUUUCAAGAUCACACUCGUCCCCGUUCCUCGAACCGUCACCGUUUUCAGAGUAGAGAAAAACUUGGACCAAAAUGCCCUCGACAUGGUCCAUAAAUGGCAGUUCGUUGCGCCCAAGACCGAUCCAGCUCUCUUCAUGAGGCUAUUGUUACAGCCCGUGACUCGCAACAAAAUCCAGACCGUUCGAGCAUCUGUCGUGGCUCUGUUCCUCGGAAACUCAAGCGAUGUCUUGUCUCUGCUUACCAGAGAUUUCCCUGAGCUCGGUUUGGUGAAAGAGAAUUGCACGGAGCUCACUUGGAUACAGUCUGUGAUGUGGUGGGCGAACAACGAUAACGCCACGCAGGUUAAACCCGAGAUUCUACUGGAUCGGGACCCGGAUUCGGCAUCUUUCCUGAAACGGAAAUCGGAUUACGUGGAGAAAGAGAUCACAAAAGAAGGGCUAGAUUACUUGUUCAAGAAGAUGGUCGAAGUUGGGAAAAUCGGUUUAGUGUUUAACCCUUACGGAGGGAGAAUGAGCGAGGUGGCUGCGACGGAGACUCCGUUCCCGCACAGGAACAAGCUUUACAAAGUCCAGCAUUCGAUGAACUGGAAAGACCCGGGAACAGAAGCUGAAAGCAGUUUCUUACAACAAACGAGAAGCUUCUAUAGCUACAUGGCUCCAUUUGUGACCAAGAACCCUAGGCACACGUAUCUAAAUUACAGGGAUCUGGAUAUUGGGGUUAAUAGCCAUGGCCCGAAUAGUUACAGGGAAGCAGAGGUUUACGGGAGGAAGUAUUUCGGAGAGAAUUUUGAUCGGUUGGUGAAAGUCAAAACUGCCGUAGAUCCGCAAAACUUUUUCAGAGACGAACAGAGUAUACCUACCUUGUCUAGCAAGCCAUCUGGACAUUAGUUUUUGCAGCAAUGUUCAUGAAAGCGCUAUGCGCUAACGCGGGAGGCGACCAAGAGACUAAAACAAUAUACUAUCUAAAAUUCUUGUU